ACUACCAGUGCAAAUUGUCCACACGCGGGUUACUGACGACAAACACGGUGUAAACAUUCAUGAUUUCGGGUUAUUAAACGUCAGGCAAAAUGAAGAUAGAAGAAGUUAAAAGCACAACCAAGACCCAGAGGAUAGCAAGUCACAGUCAUGUUAAAGGACUGGGACUAGAUGAUACUGGAAAUGCUAUCCCAGCAGCUGCCGGACUUGUCGGCCAAGAAAGUGCUCGAGAGGCGGCUGGUAUAGUUGUAGAGCUGAUCAAGAGUAAAAAGAUGGCUGGUCGUGCCAUUCUACUGGCCGGUCCCCCAGGAACAGGAAAGACUGCCCUAGCGUUGGCAGUUGCUCAGGAGCUCGGCAGUAAGGUUCCCUUUUGUCCCAUGGUUGGCAGUGAAGUCUUCUCAACGGAGAUAAAGAAGACGGAGGUGCUGAUGGAGAACUUCAGGAGGGCCAUUGGGCUUCGAAUUAAAGAAGUAAAAGAAGUAUAUGAAGGCGAGGUUACAGAGCUGACCCCAUGUGAGACCGAAAACCCUAUGGGAGGUUAUGGUAAGACUGUGAGCCACGUCAUCAUUGGCCUGAAGACGGCAAAGGGAACCAAACAGUUGAAACUUGAUCCAUCCAUCUAUGAGAGCCUUCAGAAAGAGAAAGCAGAAGUUGGUGAUGUGAUCUACAUCGAAGCAAACAGUGGAGCCGUGAAGAGGCAAGGAAGGUCGGACACCUACGCGACGGAGUUCGAUCUUGAAGCCGAGGAGUACGUCCCGUUACCCAAGGGAGAUGUCCAUAAGAAGAAAGAGAUUAUCCAAGAUGUAACGUUACAUGACCUUGAUGUUGCCAAUGCAAGACCUCAGGGAGGGCAAGACAUCAUGUCGAUGAUGGGUCAGUUAAUGAAACCUAAGAAAACUGAGAUUACAGACAAGCUGAGGAAGGAGAUUAACAAGGUGGUCAACAAGUACAUCGAUCAGGGUGUUGCUGAGCUUGUUCCUGGUGUCUUAUUUAUUGAUGAGGUUCAUAUGUUAGACAUUGAGACCUUCACAUACCUCCACAGAGCUCUGGAGUCGGCGUUGUCUCCUAUUGUCAUAUUUGCAACAAACAGAGGCAAAUGCACCAUCAGAGGUACCGAGGAUGUGAUUGCACCUCAUGGCAUACCCCUGGACUUGCUGGAUAGAGUCAUGAUUAUCAAAACAUUACCGUACACACAAGAAGAAGUCAAGCAGAUUCUUAAGAUCAGGGCAACUACAGAAAGCAUUCUGAUAGAGGACGGGUCUCUUGAGAAACUGGCAGAAAUCGGAACAAAGACAACACUGAGAUUCGCUGCCCAGCUCCUGACCCCAUCCAGCAUCCUCUCCCGCAUCAAUGGCAAGGACACCAUCACCACGGAUGAGAUUGAUGAGAUCAGUGGUCUCUUCUAUGAUGCCAAGUCAUCCGCUAAGAUACUGGCCGAAGGAGGUGACAAAUACAUGAAGUGAUUCCAGUUGAGAUUUCGACAUCAUUUUGUAUUUAAAGAUCCAUUUUGUAACACUGCGAUGUUUGUCUUACUUGUGUAAACCAGGAUAUUUUGCCUUUAAAUGCCUCUGCCAGAAACAUGAGUAAGACAUUUUGGGGUUAUUUUCUGUUAACAUCUUGUAGGUCUGGAAUUUCAUCUUUAAAGGCACUGGACACUGUUGAUAAUUUCUCAAAACAAAUUAGCAUAAAAACUUUCUG